CUCAAGAGCUAUCUGGAGCGUUGGACAUUUUUUCAACCUAAGACAUUGCGACUAAAGCAAAUUAAUGUACCAGCGUACGGUAAAAUUUUUUGUUAUCUUCAACCAGUUUUUGAAGGCCAAAACAACACAAGACAUCUUAUUGGAAAUGAUCAAAUUGAAUUAGAAAUUACAAUGGUUGUUGAAGGCAGAAAUAGAAUAUUCCAUAUAUAUGUUAAAUGGUUAACUCAAAAAUCAUUAUAUUUGCUUUAG